AUGCCUCUAGUCUAUCAACUGGUUCGCGACAAUAGUGCAUACUACCUCAUUGGAACAAUAAAGCUUACGUACCUCCAACAGACUAUUGGUAUUUGUAUCCCUGAACACGAUCUUUCAAGCCAUAGGCACCCCAACUACGGCAGUAAUUUUCUCCAGGUAAGUCUCUGGCACCGCGAGGCUCUACGUCUCCGUCUCAACGAUCUUUUCAACAGCUGGCUCCCUGCCGUCCUGUCAUAUUCGGGAUGUCACCUCCUCCUCAGCAUUCGGAAGACGGUCGCGCUCAGGCAAAAAGUUGAUACCCCCACCUUUGUUGACGGCUUUGACCACGACGCUGUGCCGCACAUCAGCCUCGACCUCUAUUCCUUCACCGCCGAGAUCGACACCGAGCAUAUGCCUGCAACCCUCCUCGCCUCGCCCAUCUCACCCACCCCCGCGCGCGCGAUCCGCGUGAUGAGCGCAGACGGCGAGCGCCCCCGCUCGUCCGGCGGGCCCGGGCUCGGGCUCCCGCACGCCCUGGGCAUGCGCCGGCCCAUGUCCGCCCCCGUCGAGAGUUCGCCGCCGCGCCUGUGGGCGGAGGAUGGCGGGCGGCGGAACGCUGCCCCGGUCCGCACGUUCGAGCGCGACGUAGGGACGACGAGGAGCUCGCUCAGGCGCGAGCUCCGCAGGACGCGGACGCGGCGGCCGAUCGGUGACUGGGACUUCUCGGUGGACUCGUACGGGGAGGAGGAUGAGGAUGGGGAUGUGGAGGAACAGGCGAACGAUGGAGAUGUAGAGCACUCCUGUAGACGUGUACGAGUAACCAACUCCGUGUGGACUGUUUGUCGAAACAGCUGGUGUGCGCUUAUGUGGGACCGACGAAUAUUGCAGGUGACGCCACCAGCAACGAAGAGCCGUGGCAGGGCGCCUCACGGACUGGGCGGGCUGUAG